CAAAAAAAGACCACCCCUACUUUAAACACAUGUACUGAGAGAGAACGACAUCUCUUUUUCUUGCUUUCAGAACAUGGGGAAAGGGUAUGGACGUGAGAUCAGCCCUAAGGCUACUCAGAACAAUGGAAAGAAGAAAAAGAAAGAUAAAGAUUUGGAUGAACUGAAGAAAGAGGCCAAUUUGGAUGAUCACAAGCUCUCUCUAGAAGAGUUGUCAGCUCGCUAUGAGGUGGACCUGUUUAAAGGCCUGACCAAUAAAAGAGCAUUGGAACUCCUGGCACGGGAUGGGCGUAAUGUUCUGACUCCACCUCCAACCAUUCCAGAGUGGGUGAAAUUCUGUAAACAGUUAUUUGGGGGGUUCUCCAUCCUCCUGUGGAUAGGUGCUCUCCUUUGUUUCCUUGCUUAUGGCAUCCAGUUUGCAUCUGAGGGUGAGCCAGCCAAUGAUAACUUAUAUUUGGGAGUAGUUCUGGCUGCUGUGGUCAUCGUCACAGGUUGCUUUUCUUACUACCAAGAGGCCAAAAGUUCACGUAUCAUGGACUCCUUCAAGAAUAUGGUGCCGCAGCAAGCUUUAGUGAUACGUGAGGGGGAGAAAAGGCAGAUCAAUGCAGAGGAGGUGGUUCUGGGAGACCUGGUGGAAAUAAAGGGAGGUGAUCGCAUUCCAGCUGAUCUACGGAUCAUUUCUUCCAGCGGUUGCAAGGUAGACAAUUCCUCUCUGACAGGAGAAUCUGAGCCUCAAACCCGUUCCCCAGACUGCACUCAUGAAAACCCCCUUGAGUCCAGAAAUAUUGGCUUCUUCUCUAUUAACUGUGUGGAGGGCACGGCUCGUGGCAUUGUGAUUGCAACAGGAGAUCGUACAAUUAUGGGACGAAUAGCAACCCUGGCUUCUGGGUUGGAGGUGGGCCAGACCCCCAUCAACCUAGAAAUUGAACACUUCAUCCACAUCAUUACUGGUGUAGCUGUGUUUCUCGGGGUCUCCUUCUUUAUCCUCUCAAUCAUCCUUGGCUACUCAUGGCUUGAGGCUGUCAUCUUCCUUAUUGGCAUUAUUGUUGCAAAUGUGCCUGAAGGAUUGUUAGCAACAGUCACGGUGUGUCUGACUCUGACAGCAAAACGUAUGGCACAUAAAAAUUGCUUGGUGAAGAAUCUGGAGGCUGUAGAGACUUUAGGCUCUACCUCCACUAUAUGCUCAGAUAAGACUGGAACCCUGACGCAGAACCGCAUGACUGUGGCCCACUUGUGGUUUGACAACCAGAUCUACGAGGCAGACACUACAGAGGAUCAAUCAGGAAAUGGGGCCUUUGAUAAGAGCUCCCCCUCAUGGACUGCUUUGUCACGUGUAGCGGCUCUCUGCAACCGUGCUGUCUUUAAAGCUGGUCAAAAAGAUGUUCCUAUACUGAAGAGGGAGACAGCAGGUGAUGCAUCAGAGUCUGCUUUGUUAAAGUGCAUUGAGCUCUCCUGUGGGUCUGUGAUGGCAUUUCGAGAAAGAAACCCCAAAGUAGCAGAAAUUCCAUUCAACUCAACUAACAAGUUUCAGCUGUCUAUCCAUGAAAUUGAAGACAGUCCAACUGAACAUCUCCUGGUAAUGAAAGGAGCACCUGAGAGGAUUUUGGAUAGGUGCAAUACAAUUAUGAUCAAUGGGCAAGAGGUUCCUUUGGAUAAUGACUGGAGAGAUACAUUCCAGGGAGCUUACAUGGACCUGGGGGGUCUCGGGGAGAGAGUGUUGGGCUUCUGCCACCUACUGCUGUCACCCUCUCAUUUCCCAAGAGGUUUUGCAUUUGACUGUGAUGACAUAAAUUUCCCUAUGGACAAGAUGUGCUUUUUAGGUCUAAUGUCUAUGAUUGACCCCCCAAGAGCUGCUGUGCCUGAUGCUGUGGGCAAGUGUCGAUCUGCUGGGAUAAAGGUGAUAAUGGUAACUGGAGACCAUCCAAUUACGGCUAAGGCAAUUGCCAAAGGUGUUGGCAUAAUCUCAGAAGGCAAUGAAACAGUGGAGGACAUUGCAGAGAGACUUAACAUCCCAUUAAGUCAAGUUAACCCACGAGAUGCUAAGGCAUGUGUAGUACAUGGUGCUGAUCUAAAGGAGAUGAGUUCAGAGUAUUUGGAUGAUCUCCUGAGAAACCACACUGAGAUUGUCUUUGCUCGCACCUCUCCACAACAGAAACUCAUCAUUGUUGAGGGCUGCCAGCGACAGGGUGCUAUAGUGGCAGUGACAGGUGAUGGGGUAAAUGACUCUCCUGCACUAAAGCGGGCUGACAUCGGCAUUGCAAUGGGAAUAGCAGGAUCUGAUGUCUCGAAACAAGCAGCUGAUAUGAUCCUGCUGGAUGACAAUUUUGCAUCCAUUGUAACAGGGGUGGAGGAGGGUCGUUUGAUCUUUGAUAACCUGAAGAAGUCAAUAGCCUACACUCUUACCAGCAACAUCCCGGAGAUCUCUCCAUUUCUUCUCUUCAUCAUUGCUAGCGUUCCUCUGCCUCUGGGCACUGUCACCAUCCUCUGCAUUGACUUGGGAACUGACAUGAUUCCUGCUAUUUCUCUGGCUUAUGAGUCAGCAGAAAGUGAUAUUAUGAAGCGUCAACCCAGAAACCCCAAAACUGACAAAUUGGUCAACGAGAGACUCAUUAGUAUGGCAUAUGGGCAGAUUGGUAUGAUCCAGGCUCUGGCUGGGUUCUUUACCUACUUUGUGAUAUUGGCAGAGAACGGAUUUCUGCCUUAUAGACUUCUGGGAAUACGACUUGACUGGGAUGACCGAAAUGUCAAUGAUCUUGAAGACAGCUAUGGACAACAAUGGACCUAUGAGCAGCGCAAGAUUGUGGAGUUCACGUGUCACACAUCCUUUUUCGUGAGCAUUGUGGUGGUGCAGUGGGCUGACCUGAUUAUCUGCAAAACACGCAGAAAUUCCCUUUUUCAGCAGGGCAUGAAAAAUAAGAUCCUGAUAUUUGGCCUGUUUGCUGAAACAGCCCUUGCUGCCUUCCUCUCCUACUGCCCUGGAAUGGAUGUAGCUUUGCGCAUGUACCCACUCAAGGUGUACUGGUGGUUCUGUGCUCUUCCAUACAGCCUGCUCAUCUUUAUCUAUGAUGAAAUCCGCAAAUUAAUUCUGAGACGGAGGCCAGGAGGUUGGGUGGAAAAAGAGACCUACUAUUAAUGACUAUAAAGUGUUUAUCAAGAUUAUUAUCCAAAUUUGUUUUUAUGGUGUGAAAAGUAUUUUUUAACUUUGUUUUCCAGUAGGAAAGAUGUUCUACUCAUAUGUCCUAAUGGUUGAACUCCUUCCCUGCCUUAACAUAUGCAUUUUAUUUUAGUAGUGAAUUAUCAGGGUUGCGUUAAUUAAUCUGUGCUAUUGAUGGGAAAAUUUCUCCAUGUAAAUUUUCAUAUUUCACAUGAUGUUUCUAAAUUGCUCAGAUGAGAUGACUGCAAAACCUAAAAUUUGAAUUUGUAUUAUUAUGAAUAGGCUACCUCUUUGACUGCCUAGGUCUAAAACUAAGUUAUCAUACAUGAUGAUCAAAUACUGUAUUUUGUAAAGAGUAAUUUAAGACAGUAAUUUAAGUCUGUCACAAAGUAUGUGUUGAAAAGCUGUUUAAAGGAUUAACACUGUAUGUGGUGCUACUUCAGUGACAUUUUAAUUCUCAGUAAAUAGAUUAAUUACAUUUAACAAUCUAUAAAUAUAUCAAUAAAACAUUAUAAAACAAUCUUAAUUGUUGUCAGAUAAACUUAAGUCUGUGAUUGUAGGUCUGAAGAGAACAUUAUUUUAUUCAUUUUGGUUUAAGAGUGAAUGCUAAUACAACACUGCAUAAUUAAUGGCAUAGUGAAUUUCCUUCUGAUAGUGCAUAUGCAAGCUGGAAGGCAACAAUUUCACUAGUUGCUAUUGAUAGGAUUAGCCAUUUAGUGUUUUCAUACGUUCACUUUUGCAUGCUAUUUCAGUAUAAUUAAGUUUAUAGCAUGUAAAUGUUAGUCAGUGUCAAGCAUAAUGUUCUAUACACUAAGACCCAGCAAUAAAAAGUACUGCAAAUUUCAAUAAACACAGUAGAAAGA